AUGGGGGCGGAAAUUGUUAACUAUCAAUGUUGCCUUGGAGCCGAGGGCACUCCCGAGCCCAGUGGCCAGACUGUCCACAAACAACACAAACUCCUCGCGGAUAUCCCCGUCCUCUACCUCGACCGCAUCCGCUGCCCCGACCCAGGUUGGUUGACGUGGAGUAACCGCGGUGCUGACACAAUUGUUGGCCCCCAGGACGUUUACACCCAGACUCCGUCGGCUCAGGUCCUUUCCGUUGGAAGUACCUUUAAGGUGCAUUGCCACACGGGCUGGUUAUCAAGUGGAAAGGUUUUCUGGUACAAAAGGCAGCACCGAGAGCAUUUGCAGUACCUUUUCUCUGUGAUGGAGUACACCCCUCCCGUCGGAAGAUUAUCGGGACAAGUUAACGGUGAAUUGACUAUUUAUUCCCUGAUUGUCAAUGAUGUCCAACGAAAUGAUUCGGGGUGGUAUUACUGUUCAGCCAAAGAAUUUAGCGGAUUGCCCUUCGUGUUCGGAAACGGCUCCAAACUGAUCAUUGCAGGGUCUCCGCACAUUCUUCUCUUAACUCCGGCGGCGGGUGAAAUCCGUGGGGUGAAAACGGUCCAGUUGAUGUGCUUGGCGCAAACCGCGGCCGCCGAUUCCCUGUCCAUACGUUGGGAGAUUUCGGGACGGGAUGUCGAGGGACGGGUGGAUUCCGGAACAAUCGACCGUGACGGGACGCGAAGUGUCAGGAGUCAGAUCGACGUCCCGGUGGAAACCUGGAGCAGCGGCGCCGUCUGCACUUGCGCGCUUCGAGUCAACGAUACCGAAACCAUCAGUGACAGCGUCUUCGCUGGAAGAGAUGAUUCGCCCCAACAGGUUUGCAUUUCCCUGCUUUAUUUGGUGUUUCCGGUGGUGAUUAUCCUUCCGGCGACCGUUAUGGUCGCUGUGAGAAGAAGAUUCAGGAACCGGCGAUCAGGUACCGAGUCAACUUAUGCUAGUCUGACAUUUAAUGUGGGCCCGACGGAGACACGGCAGUCGGAAGCAAGGAUUCCCGCGGUGCAGUAG